AUGCUUGUUUUUGGCCAAACGGGCGGCUGCGAAGGAGAGCGACGAUACGGCGAUACGACGAUGCGACGAUGCGAAGGAAACCGUAUGCAGCGUCGCAGGCAGCGAGGCAGGGCUGGGCAAAAAGACGGCAUGUCGUCGAAAGAACCCGGGGAGGCCGCGGCAGUGCCUGAUGUCGACAAGCCCUACCACCAGUACGGGCAAGCCCAUGUAUCUUGCUCCGCAGAGUACCUGGCCUGGCCGCAUAAUUCCCCCCAUGGCUCGCGUACCGGCGAGCGCCACAGCCAGCCAACCAGCAGCGGCCUGGCGGGGCUGCUCAGCGCCGUCGCAGUGCCGCUGGAUCCUGUCUCGAACGCGGAGUAUCUCGCGAGCACUCGUACCGCCCAGGGGCCCAGGGGCAGCACUGCUCUGACGGCGCCCGUGGACUGCCGGGACGAGCAUGUGCAAUCCGUCUGGGGAACGGAUGGAGCACGGAAAACGGAAGACGGAAAACGGGCAUUUCUGGGGCACGAUCAGGCACACAUUGUGGCGCGGCCUGCACAGACACGACAAGAGAAGGAGAAGGACACAAAGGGCGCACAAACACACGGCGACAAAUAG